CAAAUGAUCCACAAAAAGCAAAUGACCCACAAAAAGCAACUGAUCCAAAUGAUCCACAAAAAGCAAAUGAGCCAAAUGAUCCACAAAAUGCAAAUGAUCCAAAUGAUCCACAAAGAGCAAAUGAUUCAAAUGAUCCACAAAAAGCAAAUGAUCCAAAUGAUCCACAAAAAGCAAAUAACCCACAAAAAGCAAAUUAUCCAAAUGAUCCACAAAAAGCAAAUGAGCCAAAUGAUCCACAAAAUGCAAAUGAUCCAAAUGAUCCACAACGAGCGAAUGAUCCAAAUGAUCCACAAAAAGCAAAUGAUCCAAAUGAUCUACAAAAAACAAAUGAUCCAAAUGAUCCACAAAAAGCAAACGAUCCAAAUGAUCUACAAAAACAAAUGAUCCAAAUGAUCUACAAAAAGGAAACGAUCCAAAUUAUAUACAAAAAAGAAAUGAUCCAAAUGCACCAGCCAAAAGCCUGA